CGUGAUAACGUGCACACAUGUCAAAGGAGAUUCAAGAUGGCGGUUUUUUACGGAAUGACGGUUUUCCGCUCGGAAAUCGGACCGUUAUCAUGAAUAUGAACGCUCUUUUCGCCACCAGUACAUAAUAAGAUUGUGGUAAAGCGCCAGCGAACCUAAAGAUGUACCAACCGAUGCACCAGGGGCCCAUGAAGGCGAUGCAAAAGCCGGUUGGUGGGCCCGUGGCUGCGCCCGCUGCCGAUCCGAAUGCCGAGGAACCACGAACGUUUCUAAAUCGACAACCGAUGGUAUUUGAUGGAAAACGGAUGCGAAAAGCCGUCAUUAGGAAAACCAUUGAUUACAACUCGUGUGUUGUGAAGUUUUUAGAGAAUCGGAAGUGGUUCAAACAUCUCGAUUCCAGGCAUGGCAUACAACCAGACGAGGCAUAUGCUGCCGAGAUUCUGCCUCCAUCAUGUAUGCCAGACAAUCCUAUUAAUGCUGUCACUACAAAGUUUGUAAGGACAUCAACCAACAAGCUGCGUUGCCCAAUUUUUUGUGUAGUUUGGACUCCAGAAGGUCGUCGUCUGGUAACUGGUGCUUCAAGUGGGGAGUUCACUUUAUGGAAUGGCUUAACUUUUAACUUUGAGACUAUAUUGACAGCCCAUGAAUCUCCUGUCCGUGCUAUGGUAUGGAACCAUCAUGACUCCUGGCUGCUGUCGGCCGAUCACUCUGGUAUUGUCAAGUAUUGGCAGUCCAAUAUGAACAAUGUACAAAUGUAUGAAGCACACAAGGAGCCGGUUAGAGGACUCAGCUUUUCUCCUACCGACAAUAAGUAUGCUUCGUGUGCUGAUGAUGGACUAGUGAAAAUCUGGGACUUUUAUCGCUGCAUGGAGGAGAAGACACUCAGAGGUCAUGGUGCUGAUGUGAAGUGCAUUGAUUGGCAUCCACACAAAAGUCUUUUAGUGUCUGGAAGCAAAGAUAGCCAACAACCAAUUAAACUCUGGGACACACGCACAGGCAAUGGACUAGCAACCCUUCAUGUGCACAAAAGCACUGUCAUGAGCAUCAAGUGGAACCAGAAUGGCAACUGGCUGCUGACUGCAUCAAGGGAUCACCUCCUGAAACUUUUUGAUAUCCGAGCCAUGAAGGAGCUGCAGGCAUUCAGAGGGCACAAGCGCGAGGCAACAGCUAUAGCAUGGCACCCAAUACACGAGAACCUGUUUGCUAGUGGCGGCUCUGAUGGUGCUAUCAUGUUCUGGAUGUCAGGGUCUGAUAAAGAUGUGGGUAACAUGGAGUCUGCGCAUGAGGGCAUGGUAUGGAGUCUUGCCUGGCAUCCCCUCGGCCACAUUCUUUGCUCUGGCUCAAAUGACCAUACCAGUAAAUUCUGGACAAGAAAUCGGCUUGGUGACAGGAUGAGGGAUAGAUACAAUCUGAAUAUCCAGGACACAGAAGAUGAUGUUGGUGAUGAUGUUGCUGGGGCUGUGCGGGGAUUUUCUGUGAAAAAUUCUAAUGUUAUUCCUGGAAUGGACACCACAUUCUCAACAUCUGAUCCAGACUUCCUUGAUACUCACACUGGUUUACCAGAUUUUGGAAGCCCUCCAAAGCAGUCCAUACAUCAGCCAUCCAAACCAGCCCCUGUCAUGGACCAGUUCACCCUUCCUGGUUUCAAAGCCCAACCCCCAAAUCCUGGAAUGAUUGCCAAUCCUGGAAACAAACCACCACUGUUUGGUAAUAGUGACAAUGUUCCCACGUUUGGACAUGGCUUGCGACCAGAUGCUCCCCCAUUCCAGCCCAGAGUAGGUGGGGGGCACAUGUUUCAGCCGCCAGGGUUUAACGUCCAAGGUGGAAACAAACCUGGGCCAGAGAACCAUAGUGGCCCUCCAUUUAAACCUGGCCAAAGGCCGUACCAACAUGGUGGUCCUGACCAGUUUGGUCCUAAUGGGCAUACAGAAGAAAUGAGACCCCUUGAGAAUAGGGGCCCACCAUUUGAGCCACCCUGGCCACAAGACCAAGUACGGGGACCCAGACCUGACAACUGGGGGCCAAACGAUCCUCGCAGAGGACCUGGAGACCCUAGAAGGGUACCUGGAAAUGACCCAAGGAGACCAGUUAAUGAUGGUCCCAAGCCAGGAAUUCUUGGUUCUCCUCCACGUGGCCCUGACAAUCUGCCGCUGGCUCCACCCACUUCAGGCGACAUGGAUGCUUUCAACAUGCCAGGAAGAGGACCUCACCAGAAUGACCCAAGGAACUUCAGGCAAGAUGCUGGUCCUGAUAACCCGUUUCCUGGAAAUCAGAACAGCAGAGGAUUCAAUCCUGCUGGGAGAGGUCCUGCAGGUGGAAGGGAGCCACAGGAUAGACCAUGGAGCAACGACGGACCAUUUGGAAGACCACCAGAUGACAGAGGGCCUCAGGAUAGACCUCCGUGGGAUGGCCCUAGGGAGCAGGACUUUAGGGGCCCUAGGGACCCACGUGCUCAGCCAGCCCACAAUCCACGGCCAGGACCCCAAGACCCCAGAGGACCACAGGACAGGCGGCCCCCAAAUGAACAGCCAAGGUCACAGGAAGGAAGUGGUCCUAAGCCUCUAAUGAGUCUGCUAUCGCUUGCACCAAUAGCUCCACCCCCAGGGGCUGAGCUGGAUAUGGUAAAGCUGGGCUUGAACCAGCCUGGACUUCAGAGAAAACGGUCGGGUGAUGACCGAAACCAGGACUUUGAUCGCAGCAGGGACCCUCGACGAGACCCGAGGGGCUCUCCUCGUGACUGGGAUAAUCAAGGGGGGCCUCCUCCUUUAAAGUUGGGUCGUGAUAAGGAUAACUGGCAGUUUGGCCCCAAUAACCCCCCCGGGCCUCCAGAUGAUAGAAGGGAAGGCAGGGGGGACCCCUCGUUCGCGGAUGAUCAUUGGGAGGAUAUAUCAUGGAACAAGGGGGAUUCAUAUCAGAGUGGCUGGCGUGGAAACAGAUAGCAUACAUUCGAUCCUUAGAUAUUUCCUCCUCUCUUACACUGCUGCUGCGAUGCUUCAUUAUUACAACUUUUCCUCAGUCAAAACAAAGCAAUAAUGAAUGCUUACUACACAGUUUAUAUUAUAAUACUGCAUGAUCCUCCAAUAUACCACAUUAACUACAAGUAUCAACAGAUCCAAUGGAAAUUUAUACUGUUCACUCAUACAAAAGUGCUGACAUAACAGCUAUCCAAGCCCCACUUGUACAUGGAUUUUUUUCCCAUAUUACUGGAAGUUUUGUAUAAAGGAUUUGAGAUUGA